AUGUCCAACUCCCACCGCUCCGAAACCAACCCUUAUUUUCGGCGGCAGCUCGGAUCGCCUCCUCCCGGCCAACCUCACUGGCCACCAUCCCCGGUAGCUCAAGUUUCACCACCACCAGGACAACUGCCGGCACGGCCACAAGUGCAACCCCUACCCCAGCUCCGCCAACCCCGUGUUCCUCAGCGAGUUUCGUCUUACCACCCUCACUACCCACUCCAACCACCUCAGCGAGUUUCGUCUUACCACCCUCACUACCCACUCCAACCAAGCGAGCAAACCGGAUUUUCUCAGCCACCGAGUUCUCCGGUGCAGCCACCACUGCCCCAGCCAGGGAAAACUCGCCGACCCAAAGUUCAGGUAAUUGAAACACCACAACAGGUACUUACUGCUCAAAGCUCACCGCCGUCACACGACGAACAAACUCAACCAUUACAUACCCGCACACAACUAUCUCCUCCACCUGUUCAAGCACCUCCACCACAUCCACCACAAGGUCAUCGCCACGGACAGCCAAGCCUACAGCCAAGCCUCCUUGUCAUUCCGACACGCAAAACCAGUUUCGUGCAUUGGUUUCUCGCCGUCUUUUGCGCAAUCUUCUGGGUCGUCAUUAUCGUUGGUGGCCUCAUAGUCCUCAUUGUAUACCUCGUCUUCCGCCCUCAUCUCCCAAAGUUUGACAUCUCUAGCGCCACCCUCAAUGCAGCAUACCUGGACAUGGACUACCUCUUAAAUGCUGACCUGACCUUGCUCACAAACUUCACAAAUCCGAACAGGAAGGUCAGAAACGACUUCAGCUAUGUGAUUCUUGAUCUUUACUACGGGAGCAAUGCGAUUGCAACACAAUACAUCGAACCGUUCUCCACUGAGAGAUUGGAGUCCCGGCUCGCAAAUGUUCAUAUGAUCAGUAGCCAGGUGAGGCUUCCGUCAAAAGACAGUGAGAAGCUCAAGAAGCAGCUUGAGAGUGAUGGCUUGGUGGUGUUUGAAGUCAAGGGGUUCGUCCGUGUAAGAUCGAAACUUGGGAGCUUUCUGAGAUACUCCUACUGGCUUUACAGCUAUUGCUCCAUCGCUCUCACUGGACCUCCUUCUGGGGUUCUCAGAGCAAGCAAAUGCAGGACAAAGCGUUGAGCGAUCAGACAUUUUGAAGUAUUCAUCAUCAGAUGUUUUUUUUUUCACAGAUGGUCGACAUUUUGUUGCUUGUUUCAUUUACCUCGGCACUGGGAAAUGCUCUUGUUUUCUUUUC